AUGUCGGCUCAUUACGGAAGAGCGAGAUUUGAUUUUGGCAGAGCCGCGGUUGAUAAAUAUUUGUCUCAAGGACAAUGUGAACAUGCUGUUGGUCCAUAUAUAUUAUUAUUAAGAGAAGAUGAGUCGAUUAAGUUAGUAAAAGCCGAUGAUAUUUUAAACGAGGUUGCUUUCUGCAAGUUGACAAGUAAUAGCAAUGUCUCAUGUUGCAUGUACCGAGCCAUUUAUCUAUACAAAGAGUUUCCCGUCAACCCAGGGAAAACGUCCUCACACGCCACAAACCGAAAAUCAUAA